GGCCACGGUGAAAGGGUAUAAGAAGCUAGAGCAGAUGGUGAGGCGACUCCAAAUCCCCAGAACCAUCCUGAUCCGAGUUGGUACACCAAAUGAAAGGGCGUGCUUAGUAUCACAGACGGGUUGGGUGCCAGUAGUACGAGCUGGCCCUUUCACAACUCACUCCCAACAGCAUAAAGCUCAUCAUAGGCUUUAUGCUGUUGUACGAAAAGUUGGGAUGCCUGCAAAGGCGGUGGUCUUCAGGUCGCUCUUCCUGUGCCGUUUGUGCCCGUCUACGAGUGGGACGAGGUGGUACUACAUCUCAGGAAAAGAGAAGAUGAUUAUCUUCACCAACAUUAGGAACAAGGUGGCGAGAUGGAAGAGGCAGUUCGUCUUCGUGCGCGAUACACGAACUAAAAGGAUGAAUAACGAGCUCGCCGCCCGUCUGUCUGAGUGGCGUACGCCGAACACGUACAUGAACUAUCCUCAGCUGACCAUUGGUGACGUCGACCUGAAGAACCGGUUACUUGAUCACGUGAAGGCGAGGGGUUUGGUGGAUCUGGAGGCCUUGGUUACCCCGGACCAGAUCGCAGUUCUUGGGUUUGUCGAUGUGGCAAACCUGCACGGUGAAGGGCGCAGCUCGCAACACAGAGGUUUAAUCUCGGCACAAAGGCCACGUGCUGAGCAAAGAAUUGAGCCUGCGCCUUCCAGCUCCAGAAGGCGCUCGAGGGAAGACGCGGAUGCCGAUGCAGAGGAUGACGUGCCUCUCAUCCAACGUAGGACGAGCACCGUUUCGCAGCCCGCCCUGGUCGCUGCUGCAAGACCUUCCAACGUGUCCCAAGCGCCAGCUCGCGAGGUUGCUGAGGCCACACCAACCUCGACGUCUGUGGGGGGCCCGAGGAUUGCAUACCCAGACGGCUUCAGUUACGCUCGGACUGAGUGCCAGACUGCUAUGCUGCAGGGUAUGCAGAACUUUGUGCCUCCCGCGGACCGGCUGCGCGCGAAGGGGCACGUUCAGCAGCAUGGCAGUCAUGCUGCCUUAAUCAAGUUAAUGGAUGCGUUCAGCUACACAGUCGCACUCUUUGAGUGCGAGCAGGGAGCCCGUGUGCAGAACAGCGAGCUCCAACAGAGCUGCAAACAACUGGCCUCUGAGAAAGCCAGUUUGGCUGACGAGGUCAAUCGUUUACAGGGCUCAAAGAUGGCUAACCGAGCGACGUCAACGGAGAGUCGAACGGACGAGCUGGCCCGUAAGGUUAACGAGCUGAAGGAGGAGCUCGUGAGGGCUCAAGUGGAGAAGGAGAGUGGCAUUCAAGCUGCCAAUGAGGAGCUUGGCCGUGCAGAGGAACGCGCCCGGAAAGCGGAGUUUGACAGGGAGAAGACUCUGCACGAGCUGAGCUCCCUGAGAGAGAGGGUGGCACAAGCCGACCAGCAUGUUGCCCGAGCUGAGGCGUCGUUGGAAAGCACCAAGAGGGCCCACCAGCGCGACAUCUGCUUUGCUCGCGCACAAGGGGCCGAAUGGCUAGUGGGAGCGGAGAUGUUCCAGGACGCCGUUGCGGUUGCUUCUGCCAACACUACCACGGACAUUUUCAACGAGGUUCGUGGGAAGGUGCUGCAAGUGCGGGCUGAUUUCCCCAUCGCCGAACUGGCUUUCUUUGAGGGCGAGGAGAUUAACGAAGAAGGAAAGAGCCUAGCCCAGCCAGCGGACACCCGGGUGAGGCUGAGAUGGGAGCUAAACGAGGAGGGGCUGCCCGUGUGGCCCCCUUCUGUGAUCGAAGAGGGGGAGGACAUGGAGGGGUUGCCAAGUUUUGAUGCUUGGGUUGCAAACCCCCAGGAUGUGCCCGCUGAGCCUUCCAGCACUCCUCCCGCUCAGCCUCAACCUCUGCCCGCUGCAGCCGCUGUUUCUGCUCCGUCUCCUUCAGAUCGACCAUCUCCUGCUCGGUCUACUUCAGAGGCCAACAACGCAUCCAUCCCCGUCGAUCUGACGGACGAUUAGCUUAGGGGUUUUUUUUUUUUGUAUUUCUUUUUUGUGUUUUGGUGUUAAUCAAUGAAUUUAUUUACC